AUGGCAGACGGGACCCCGAACACCGCAAACGUCCCACAAGACCCCAACCACGCGUUAGUUGCAGUCAUGACUUUCUGGGGCAUGGCCAAUGCUUGGUUUCUCAAUAGCUACAAAGACGAGCCCCUCUGGCAAGUACACCUGGAGCAGUCGCAACCGAGCUAUACGCACUCCGCCAUCCUUUCCGGUAUACAAAAGUACCUGGCAUCAGGACAACACGGAAUGCAUGAAGUCAACGACUUCCGAAGCCUCGAAGAGCACGCCUUCAUCACCGUGCUGAAUCACCUGCCAGAAACCAGCGACGCGCAGCACGCAGAAAGUUCGGACAACGCACCAGGAAAGCCCGUUUUCUACGUGCAUCACCGGUCCCUCGAGCAGUUCUUCCGAUUACUCCGAGACACCCUACGGUACAGAAGCCAGCGCAAGCAAGGCAAAAAAAGGCUACCAAACUUGCUGCUCCAUUGCAACAGUCCCAAAAACGUGGCCAAUCUACCAACUCCGCCCGAGCCGUGGAUUCCACUGAAGCACAGCAAACCCAACACCAAAGUAGAAGACAUAUUCAAGCUGCCGCCUCCAAGAGGCACUCGCCACACCAAAUGCAACAUCACGAAAAAGAACGGCAAGUACAUGCUUACCUUCCACGCCGGCCUCUUCGACCAGCCCCAGAUGUUUCGACGAAACUCCUACAAGACACACAACUACGAAGCCGGACUCGUCCUCUGCGUAAAGAACAACUACAAAGGCCGCGUCAGCGUCAUCAGCGCGGUCAGAGACAUACUGCAAAACGUUCCCAUUUGCCUUGCACAUCGACUCAAGAACCACGACGAUGACUUCCUGCUGUGGCUCCUCACGCAGGAAACGCUAUGUCUCGAGCAAAACACGUAA